AAAAAAACACAAAAUCAAACAAAGAAAGAUCAAAAGCAAUCACAAAAAGGAGAUAACAUUUUUAGCAGAAGACAAAUCUGAAAACAAAAGCCUUAUCUUUUCUGAAUUUUAUCCUAUUGUAUUGCGAGUCAUGAUUGAUAAAUUUGUAUGCACAAACCACAACAAGGUUAAACAUGUUUUUGACAUGGCCCAAUGCUCUCAAGAUCACUCUUCUCCUUCUCCUUGUUUCCGCUAUUGUUGUCGCUUGCUUUACUCUCCCAAUUGAAAAGAUUCUGAAGGAUUUCUUGAUAUGGGUUGAUCAAGACCUUGGGCCGUGGGGUCCGCUCGCUCUGGCAGUUGCUUACAUUCCUUUGACUAUAUUGGCAGUUCCAGCCUCAGUACUUACACUUGGCGGUGGUUAUCUAUUUGGCCUUCCAGUUGGCAUUGUUGCUGAUUCUGUUGGUGCAACCAUCGGUGCUGUAGCUGCAUUUCUCCUUGGUGGAACAAUUGGGAAAUCAUUUGUUGCUUCUAAGUUGAAGGAUUAUCCACAGUUUAAAUCAGUGUCAAUUGCAACUCAGAGAUCUGGAUUUAAGAUUGUGUUUCUGCUUCGGCUUGUUCCAUUACUACCAUAUAACAUAUUAAAUUACCUCCUAUCCGUGACUCCAGUUCCAUUAUGGGAAUACACACUGGCGUCCUGGUUAGGAAUGAUGCCAUUAACGGUGGCACUUGUGUAUGCUGGAACAACGCUCAAAGAUAUAUCUGAUGUGACACAUGGUUGGGGAGAGUUCUCAAAGACUCGUUGGGCUAUGAUUAUUUUUAGUCUAGUGAUAUCUGUGGUUAUGAUGAUUUGUGUUACUAAAGUUGCCAAGUCUGCUUUAGAUAAGGCCUUGGCUGAAUGUGAGAAAGAUAUGGAUGACACUACAUCUUCAGAACAACUCAUUGUCACUGAAACUUCGGUAGGUCUAAAUCAACCUCUCGUAAAUGAGAUAGAUCAGGAUCAAGCCAAUCAACAAAAGUAAACCGCCCAGCGUGUAAAUUCUUACUCCCACACCUUCUAAGCAGUUGCUUCUUACAUGUGAUCUGUAUUGUUCCAACAUUAGAAAUGUAGUUCAUGAUAGAAAUGGUUAAUUAUACCAUCAAGAUGAGCGUAUUGAAUAUGUCUAACUGCAGAAAAGUUUAUAAAUGUGAACUAUUCCUGAUUCUA